AUGGAAAAAAAAAGAAAACGAGAAGAACUACAAAAUAGUGUUGAUGAAUUAAUAACAAAUGAAGAAAUUAAAAUAAAGUCAAUUAAAGAAACACCAAAAACAUUUUCUGGAUUAAUAGAUGUUUUAAGAAUUUAUGAUAGUCAUAAAGAGAAUAAAUCAAUUAGAAUUGAAGCUGUUAAUUAUUUCAACAGCUAUCAUAGAUUUAAAUUCUUUCAUUAUUUCGAUAAAAAAGGCUAUAUGAAUUUCAUUUUAAAUAUAUUCUUUGAUAGCUCAUUCAAUAUUUUUAGUAAGAUCGAAGAUAUUGAUGAAUCAAAUUACCACUCAAUUUACUUUCAUAAUAAACUUUAUUUAAAAAUCAUUAGAGAUAAAAAAUUUAAAGAUUGGUUUAAAAAUUUAUACGAGAAUGAUAGGGAUAAAUUAGAUAAAAGGUUAUUUAUUAUGUCAGAAUUUUUUAAAAAAAAAGAAUAUUAUAAUAUUGAUAAUUUACUCAGUAUUGCAUAUAGUGAUCAUGAUUAUCAUGAUGGUGGUGGUGGUGGUGGUGGUGGUGGUGAAAUUGUUGAAACAUUCACACAAAUUUUUAAAAAGAUAGUAAGAGAAUCAUUAUCCUAUGCAGAUAAUAUAAUUGCAUAUGAUGAUGUUAUUUUAAAUUAUAAUUUAUUAUCAUAUGCUUUAGUAUGUAAACAAUUCUUUAGAGUAUUAUCAAAAAUAUUAAAUAAUGAAUACUUUGAUUGGAACAAACCAUUGAUUCAUUUAAACAAUAUUACUGAAUUCAGUUUAAUUAAACAACCACCAUUAUUUUUCAAUUAUGAAUCAAUUAGAUUAAUACCAUAUUCAAGUAGUAGAGAAUAUAUUGAAUUGUUAUUCUCAAGAGUCGAAUCAUUUUAUAUUGAAAGUGAUGAAUAUGAUUCAACAACAAAUUGUGGAAUCAGUAGAGAUAUUAAAGGUUAUGGGGAUGAUGAAGAUGAAGAUGAAGAUGAAUAUCUUUAUCUUUAUCAAGUAAGUAUCCAAUCAUCAAGAUACUUAAUUUAUCCACCACCAAUGCCAUCAUUACAAAGUAUUACUAUUGAUCAUUAUUAUGGAUUUAAAAGAAAUUAUAAAGAUUUAUUUCAACAUAUAUUAAUAACAAAUUUCAAAACUUUAAAAAAUCUAGUCAAUGAUAAUGGUUGUGGUGGUGGUGGUAUUAAAAGAUUUUCAAUUCGUUUUUGUACUGAUUGGAAUGGAUGUCCAACAAAUCAAAAUAUUAAAUUUAUUAAAAAUAUCUUGGAAUUCCAUUCAAAUUCACUAGAAAAAAUAAGAAUAGAUGGCGGUAAAACCAGAUCAAUAUGUGAAAAUCGAUUAAGAUUAUUAAAAUCAUCAAUAGAUAACCAAUCAAAGAAUAAAAUAGAUUGGAAACUAAAAAGUCCUAGUGACUGCCUUGGAUGUUGUGAUAGUGAUAGUGAUAGUGAUAGUGAUAGUGAUGGUGAUAGUGAUAGUUGA